AGCAGCUUCCAUGAACUGCUUGAUCCGUCUUUCGAUUACCUCACAACCCGUAUUCACACUCAAUUCCCUGACUCGACCUCCAGACCCAAAAAGCCUACGAGCUAAACAUCCAUUCAAAUCGAGAAUACAAAAUGUCGUCCAAGAGCUUCAAGAUCGUCGUUCUCCCCGGUGAUGGUAUCGGCCCGGAAGUCACCGGCGAAGCCGUCCGAGUGCUCCAGGCCAUCUCUGCCAAGACCGACCUCGAGCUCAACAUCGAAUCGCAUCACUUUGGAGGAGCCGGGAUUGACAACCACGGCGUUCCUCUUCCCGACUCUACUUUGGAUGCAUGCAAGAGCGCCGAUGCCGUAUUGCUCGGUGCCGUCGGAGGACCCAAGUGGGGUGUAGGACCCGUUCGACCGGAACAGGGUCUCUUGAAGCUCCGAAAGGAGCUCGGACUGUAUGCCAACAUCCGACCGGCCAACUUUAUCAGCGAGGGUCUUUUGGCUCACUCUCCCUUGAAGCCUGAGAUCGCCAAGGGGACCGACAUGAUCGUCGUCAGGGAGUUGAUCGGUGGAAUCUACUUUGGUGACCGAAAAGAGGCCGACGAGGAUGGUGUCGCUUGGGACCAGGCUACCUACUCUGUCCCUGAGAUCGAGCGAAUCACCCGGGUCGCCUGUCAGAUCGCCCUCUCUGCCGAACCUCCUCUCGCCGUACACUCGAUCGACAAGGCCAACGUCUUGGCCACCUCGCGACUCUGGCGAAAGACGGUGACCGAGUUGAUGGAGAAGGAGUACCCCCAGUUGAAGCUGGAUCACGUCUUGGUCGAUUCGGCCGCCAUGAUCAUGAUCGCGAACCCCAGGAAGCUGAACGGUGUCAUCCUGACCGAGAACCUGUUCGGAGACAUCCUUUCCGACGAGAGCUCCGUCAUCCCCGGAUCCCUCGGUCUCUUGCCUUCCUCCUCACUCGCCGGAGCACCCGACCCAAAAGCGACCGUCAUGGGUCUUUACGAGCCUAUUCACGGUUCCGCACCCGACAUUGCCGGCCAAUCGAUCGCCAACCCCAUCGGAACCAUCCUCUCGGCUGCCAUGAUGCUCCGUUACUCGCUCGGCAAGUCUGAGGAGGCCACCCUGAUCGAGAGCGCCGUCGCCAAGGUCCUGGACUCGAAAGCCCAGGGUGGGUUCGACUUUAGGACCAAGGACCUCGGGGGCGACAGGGGCACCAAGGAGGUCGGUGACAAGAUUGUCGAGGUCUUGGAGAAGCUCUUGGACGAGCGCAAGUAGACGCACCGAUAUGAUGGAAAAUAACGUAGAUCAAAAGGGAAUGUCAUAUAGUCUAGCAUACAACAUGCGAGAAAUCGUCGCGUAAACUGCCGGGACUGAGAAGACCCGCUUUGCAGCACGUGGCCCCAUGAAGCGUUGAGGGCGAAUUUCGAUCAGGUCGCAAUGACAUUUGCCAAUUUUGGCGUCAUCCUUGUGAAUGUCGGU